UGGACCUGAGUCUUUCUCAGAGCAUCAUCCUUGUAGGCUUGCUGCAACAAGCAAGACGAGGAGCUCAGAAGAUCACACAUUCUCAACGUGGAACAUGGCUUCUUCCACUGUGUUGUACACCCCGGGAAAUGCAGUAGUGGUCACCCAUGUGCUCCCAGCGGCUCCCAACAGGGAGCAGCAGCCAUCGCUGGACAGAAGACACAACUUCAGGAAGGGACAUCCUCAGGCACUCGGGACUGUUCAGAUCAUGAUCGGCGCAUUAACGCUGCUGUUUGGGAUUGCGACGGCUGCCUACGAACCGUCACUGACAGUUUUUACCGGGAUGUUUGUUUGGGCAGCUUUGAUUUACAUCACAUCUGGAGCUCUGACAGUGGCUGCUGAGAAGCAUCUGAGUCGUCGUCUGAUCAACACUUCUCUGGCGUUCAACAUUAUUGCUGCAAUGGCUGCUGCAGCUGGUGUGUUCCUGUAUGCAUUUGAUCCUGUCUUCAUGAGCUUCAUGAGCAUCUUCAGUUCUCAUGAUUACUAUGGUGGCUAUUCGUUCGUGGUGGCUGUGUUCCAGUUCCUGGAGCUCAUUAUUUCUAUCACCGUGGCAGGAUACGCCUGUCAUGCAACCUGCGGCUGCUGCUCCUGCGGCUGCACGGAGGAGCCGCAAGUCUUUUUUCAAGCUGUAGAAGGAACGCUCAUCCCUCAGGCUCCGCCCCUUUUCCAAGCAGCAUCUGUUGCCCCCGCACAGCCAUACCCUCAGGUGGCGCCCAAUGUUAAAAACCCAGGGUUUCUAGGUUCUGCUGAGCCUCCAGCUUACUCACCUUACUGACCCACACACAUCAACUCUGAUCAUUGCAAAGCUACAGCUUGAGCUUGUCUUUCUUUUUCUGUCAACUUAAAAAUAUGUCAGUGAGAGAUGUGGAAACAGAUGAACUACAAAGGACAAAAAUAAAAAUUGUAACCAGACUUUCAUAGAAUGUUUGAAGGACCUUCAUGGUGGUACAUCUGGAUUCUGCUUGAGACUUUUACUAAGCCAGGAAGAGAGAUUAAGGGAGAAACAUAUAGAAGGUCAAUAUAUGACUGCAAGCUGCAAAGUGAUGUAUCAUUGCUGAAAUAUUAUGUAUCAGAUAAUACUUUGAACAUCAAUAAGUUUGGUUUGAGGUUAUUCUAUGAAAUUAAAAUGCUUCAGUCCAGUUAACCCUCUGGUCUAGAACUGUUUCAUAAUUAGCUGGUGAACACAUGGAUGGUUGAUUGUUUGUUGCAAGUAAAACAAGUUUUGAUUUUAUCUGGCAAAUUACAUGUGUUUUAUUCAAAUUCAGAGGAUAUUUAUUUGCAGGUACAAAUGGGACGCUGGCACACACACACACACACACACACACACACACACACACACACACAUACUUGUCAACCCAAAUUUUGUAAACAUUUUUAUGAAGUUUGCUGUCUUCCUUUGCUCAAAGAAAUUAAUUUAUCAUCCUUUAUCAUUGUUGUUAUGGCAAUAUGUCAUAAUCAAGACAUUUGAAAAGGAAUUCCAUCAAUUUUGUGAUUUAAUUCAUAAAUGCAGGCAGACAAACUGAAUGAUUGAUUAUUUACAACAGAAGAGGAACAAAAUUGUUCCUGCAGUAUGAAUACACAGGUCUGAAUCAAAAAUAAAUUAUCAAUAAAUAUCUUUUGACAAACAAACAAGUUUUUAAGGCACAGAAAUGGAUUUGUGGACAAAAAAAAAGCUGCAAUUCCCUCCGUAAAGAAACAUCU